ACCAAAUUAAAAACUUGGUCGCCGGACCCGCGCGCACGUAAUUUACAGCUUUUCAAAUAAUAAUAUUAAAAAAAAUAUCCCGCAUCCGGAAAUAAAUUGUCCGUUUUCCGCACAUUUUCGACUCUUACUUUUGGUUUUAUUUUUUAAGUCACGUUUGCGCUUGAAAUUAAGGGCUUUAAAACCGUACGUGUCCACAUCUAAACUACAUUGAAUGUAUCAUAAAUUUACCGCGUGGUUGUCAAAUUGACUGCAUUGCGAGAAUAUUACAGAUUCUUACAAGAAUGCCUGUGCUCGUGGUAAGAAUAAGUGACCAGGAUGGGGCGGAUAUACUUUCAAACACCGCCACGAAUUUUACAGGGGGUACAUUCUCCGAAUUGUUCGAGAAAUGUGUUCAUUCCAAAAACAUCACUUUAUCUACGGAUUCGAUCGUGGAGAUACGACUACGAGAAGACAGACAAGCCCAGUUCAUGCUCGCAGACAAUGCUGAUAUGGAUGUUUCAGAAAUAGCUGCUACACUCGGGUGUAAGUUUGUGCAAUUUAUUAUUACUCGGAGUUUACACUUUCUGCCCAACCCCGUCGCUGGAGAAGAUGGUCAAUAUCUUUCUUUUCAAGAGAUGUAUGGACAGGAAACAGGGGAUGAACAUAGACCAAGUGCCCAAGUACGCGAUGAUCCUGCCAGUGUAAAUGAUCGAAUCAACCGGGAGAUAUUCAAGACCCAGAAGGUCCGGGACGUAAUUGUCUGUGGAGAGUGUUCCAAGCCAAGAUGUGUUUACAGUGAUAAAAAGCUAACCCGUGAACAAGAGGAGCUGCUGCUGCGUUUGAAAGAGGAACAUCUGUACACAUGUGGCGACUCAUUAGUUCCAGAAGAUGUAGAAGAUCCAGGCAUGGUUGUUCGAGAGGCAGUGAACUGUUUGACUGAAGUGGAGACAAGUUACUUCUCUACAUCGUUGAAACAUUACUUACCACCAGUGUGUGUUCACUGUGGAAAAGUUGACAAUCUGUUGGAUGACACAGACCCUUAUAUAUCUGCUCUUUAUGAGAAAUAUUCUGUUGUGCGACCUUUGUGUGAAUAUUGUAAAAACACUGGUAAAGAUGCCAGAACUUGGGGGAAAAAGUUUCUCCCCAAGAAGUGUAAAAGAUAGACAAUAAACUUGUGUUUCAGGAUGAUGCAUUUAAACUUUGGGGCAAAAGUGACUUUUUUGCCAAAAAUGACUUUUUUGCAAUAAAAUGUUAUCGCUCGCCUCUA